AUGGAGCAGAUUUCCGAGCGACUGCAGGAGUUCAGCUACGUGGACUUAGCAUUGACCGCCUGGUCCAUGGCCACCAUGAAGUGGGACCCUCCAGGCCUGUACGACCGCAUCAGCAAGCUCUCCCUGGCAUGCAUUGGCGAGUUUCAGCCCCAGGCGCUUGCGAACAUCAUGUGGGCCACCGCCACACUGAAGAAAGAGAAUGAUGCGCUCAUCCGCCACUCAGCGUACGUGGCGGUCAAGCAUCUGGACGCGGGCAUGAAUUUCCGACCGUACGAGUACUCGACCAUGGUGUGGUCCAUGGUGAUUACCCAGGCUCGAGAAGAGGCCCUCUUCAGCCGGGUCUCAGGCCAUGUUGUCCGACGCGUGACCGAGUUCGGGCCACAGGAGCUGACUAACACAGCGUGGGCGUUUGCCUCCUUGGGCUUCAAGACACAGGGCUUGUUCGAGGCAUUGGGCAAAGAAUGUAGCGCAAAGCUUCGCUACUUCAAUUUGCAGAAUCUGACCAAUGUCGCCUGGUCCUAUUCUCAUCUGAAAGUCUGCGACGACCUGCUGUCAGAGGUGGCAGCAGUGGCACAUUCUCGGAUCCAUGACAUGAACGUCCAAGAUCUGGCUCAGCUGGCCCUGACACUCGUCUUCAGCCGGCGCGCAAACUUCGGCUUGAAGGAGGAUCUCGGGGACGAUGGCGUGCUCGGCAGUCGCGACCUGACCCUGGCAUUGGUUGUCGAGGUGACCAAAGCCAUGGUGCAAAAGAUUCGCCAGCCUGGCGUCACGACGCCGGAUGACGCUUGGAUCGUGCAUGACCUUGUGCUCGUGUGGCUGGAGGAGAGGACGGCCUCGGAUCUUCUGGGCGACACAUGGAAGAUGCUGGACGCGUACAUGUCUGGUCUGUACCAGCAAGUUCUAGAUUUCCUUCGCAACACUCCGCUCCUGGCACGCGCCUUGGCUUGCGGCUCUGUUGUGCAGUCUGCGCAUGUCCCGAUCUACGAGCAGUCGUUUCGAGAACUCGACAUCAGGUCCCUGGGGAUCAAGUACACCGGCAUGCUGUUGUCUGAGCUGGGCCUGACUGACAGGGAAGACGAUGGGCUGACAGAGUCAGCGCGCGUCUUGCUGGCGGAGGAGAAAGCCGCGCUUCUGCGUCAGGAUCCCGGAGCCGGAAGCCAGAACUGGUGUCUCUUUCGCUUCCACCUCAGCUCUGAGCUGCGGGAGGCGAAGGAGCUGGCUGGCAUCCGCGUCAGGAGCUGCGGCGGAGAUCCGCUUGCCUUGGAACUGCUGGACCCUCCACGAGAGGCACAUCUAGUGGCCGUCCGUCUCAGCAACGAUCGCUUGAACCAUCGCCGCCGUGACGCCGAGUUCCGAGCGUCCUGCCCUUGA